AUGUCAAUAGUCGACGACCAGAUACGCCGUCUGGACGCGGCCCUUGAUAAGUUCCAGGUCCUUCAAGCCUCUUCCGGACGGGCUUCCCUUCUGACAGAGGAACCGGAGGUUUUGCAAGUGGAUGCGCCUGACUCGACUCAGGAUUCUCGCCUGACUACUACGGUCCGAGCCUUGUCCACUACUUCCGCAUCGAGGCCCCUCUUGACCCGACACAGACUGCGAGGUUUGGUUGCUCAACUUGCACAAGAGUCGGAAGCUCAAAGUUCGGCCCAUCACUCUGGAGAUGAUGCAGAGCUUGCUUGGCUUGCAGUUGGAAAGGCUACGGUUCAGCUAUACGGUUUGAUACUGAACUCGCUGCUGGAGCAGACCAUCCCCUUGAGUGAAUCAAUCUGGUAUUGGGAUGACGUACUGGGCUCGUAUACCAACACCGUACUCUACACGAUCCAGACUAGCCCGGAGCGCUUCUAUAAGCAAGCAAAAGAAGUCUAUGCCGACGCAAAAGAGAAAUGGCAGAAUAACCAUGGACUUCGAGAGUCUGCUCAAGAGGCGCAAUCGUCUGUACAAGAAGGCUGGCGGGAGUUCUACACUCUCGUUCAGAACAGCAUCAAGGAAAGAUCCUUGUCUCAAGCAGGAACCAAAAUCCUGUCGCCUUUCUCGAUCUGCCGCAUGCAAGCGCGCAAACACCAGACCAGGAUCAAGCGUUUACGAGAAACCAACGCCACCUCCAUCGGCCUCAUCGUUGACGAGGGUCUCUCGUUUCAGCCUGUGCAGGACCUUGAUGCUAAAAGUCCCUCCCCAGCAUUGGAUCGCUCACAAUGGAGGAGCACCGUUGCUAAAAGCGUAUCACUACUCGAGAACGUCCUGCGAAAUGCUACUGUUGAUGACGCAGCGAAUGUGAGCGAUUUUGAGGAAAGUGUUUUUAGCGCCGUCGAAGGCGACCCUGAGUUCGUGGCCGUGAAUGAGGCAAACGAGAGUACCACCGACCCUUCCAAGCUCGCCAAACGUAUACUCCAUAUACUCGAUGAUCACCUGCCCCAGCAGGAGGGCGAGUACACUGUUGUGAGUACCGACUUUGGUAAGCCCUCGCGGCUUGUUCGAUACUGGAUUCCUGGCGUCUUCUUGUUGCUUUCCGGCAGUACGCUCCUUCGCAUCCUUGCGAACCGAAAAGCCGAGAUUGUACAGUGGGUCCGAGACUUCGGCUCCACGGCUCAAGACUUCUGGCUGAACUGGGUCAUCGAGCCCACCAAGAGGCUGAUCGGCACCAUUCGCCACGACGCAGACAGCGAGAUCGCGAUCCAGAGUAAAGAGAGUCUCAAGGCCGAUCGCGACAGCCUCGAACGCAUGGUGGUUGAUUUUGCCAUCGAGCACCCCGAGAACGGGACAAAGUACAGCGACUCCGAGAUCACGUCGCUUAGACUCAAAGUCAAAGAGGGGGAUCUCACACCAGUACUAAAGGCGUACGAGCGGGAGAUGCAAAGCCCCAUCAAGAACGCAGUCAUGGGAGACUUGGUCCGUACCCUCCUCAUCCAGAUCCAGAAGACCAAAGUCGAUGUCGAGGUUGCCAUCGGCGGCAUCGACUCCCUUCUGAAAAGCCAAGAGCUUCUCUUCGGCUUUGUUGGCAUCGCCCCUGGAGUCUUGAUCUCAUACUUCAUUGCGCAAUGGCUGAGAAACACCUUCGGCGGCCGCAGAGGUCUCCAGCAAAAGAAGCAGCAGGGCCAAAUAGUGCGACUUUUGAGAAACAUCGACAGGACUUUGACGAAUUGCACGCCCACGGAGAGCGGGAUACUGUCGUACAAAGACCACGGCCUCCUGCUGUGUGAAGGCCAUGUCCUGCGGCAACGGGCGGUGAAGGUACUCCCCGGCAACGUGCAGCGAGAGUUUCUCGAGGAUUUCAACGACCUUAUGGACAUCCGCAUGGGCAUCGAUCGCCAGAUCAAGGUGCUAGAGCGCAUCCAAUGGGUCUAUUCAAAAUGGCUUCUAUGA